CUUCCGGUCCGUAUUCAAAGGAACCAUCGAUAUGAACCCCUCGCUUCCGGUAGUGCCUCCUUUUCGGCAGCGGCUAUUUCCUCGCCAACAUGCCUCUCGCAAAAGACUUGUUGCACCCAUCCCCUGAGGAGGAGAAGAGGAGGCACAAGAAGAAGCGGCUCGUUCAGAGUCCCAACUCUUACUUUAUGGAUGUGAAAUGUCCAGGAUGCUACAAGAUCACGACGGUGUUCAGCCACGCCCAGACAGUGGUGCUGUGUGUCGGCUGCUCCACAGUCUUGUGUCAGCCCACUGGAGGCAAAGCACGUCUCACAGAGGGGUGCUCAUUCAGGAGGAAGCAGCACUAGCUGUUCUCCCCGGUGAUGAACGGGAGAGGAGGGAUUGGACCGGUUGAUAUCAGCGUCACCUGCCCCAUUGUGGUGGCCACUGCCUCAGCCAAGACCCAGCAGUUCGAUCUGGACACGAGACCUGACUUGCUCUGUUCGUCUUGACAGAUCAGUUUGUUGCUGUAACUCCACCUUCCAACUCUGUCUCUCUUAAUAAAAUAUUGUUUUGGCUAAAG